GCUUAACUGAAUCCAUUUUUCUCCUUUCAGUUUUGUCGCGGCCACCACCACGGCGAACUAAACCGAUCAAGUGAAAAUCUCAACUAGUUACCACCACGAUGGUGAACUUGUUCUUGUCUGAACCCACCAAGUGGGACGCUGAUGCUCACAACAAUAGCACCAAAACCGAUGUGAUUUUGCCUCUUCUGAAUAAACUGAGCUCUCACAUCCAAUCAUUAGUCACUCGUGGAGCUCGAUCAGAAGCCAAACUCUGGCUUUGCAGCGCCCUCUCAACCCUCUCCAUCUCCCCUAGAAGACAAAUCAAUCUUUUCAUGAAGUUGCUUAGAUCAAAACCAAGAAAGAAACAGCUCGUCUCUCAGCUCCUUCAACUGAUGUUUCAAAAAAGACCUAAGAAGCUUGGCUCCGUGCUAGCUAAAAGAAGUUAUCUACUAGAGAAGUUCUUUCAAGGGGAUCCAAAGCGUAUACUAGAGUGGUUCUCUGAGUUUGCUUCUGAUGGUGGCUCUGAUCACAAACGAGGAGCAAAAGCCUUGGCGCAGUUCGCAUUUGCAAACCGAGAUAUCUGCUGGGAAGAGCUCGAGUGGAGAGGCAAACACGGGCAGUCUCCCGCUGUUGUUGCUACCAAGCCUCAUUACCUUCUCGAUCUCGACGUCCAACGAACCGUUGAGAAUUUUCUUGAUAACGUUCCUGACUUCUGGUCGUCCAGCGAGUUCGCUGAGUCGAUCAGAGACGGGCAGAUUCUGUUUCUCGACACCAAGUUCUUUCUAGAUUUAUUUACCCGUUUCAUGUACGAAGAAGACAUGAACGAUGUGUGGGACGCUGUGGAGGAGUUUAUAGCUGAAGAGUCUUUCUCUUCUUUGACGCAGCAUCUGCUUAUCGCUCUCGAGGAGCGUGACUUGUGUCGGUUUCUUGAGUUGCUUGGUAGCUGCUUUGUUGAUUCGAGGGUUGUGUCCUGGGAUGUUGGGGAUUCGUCUUCCUGGCUAGGGGCUGUUGUGUCGAGAUAUGGUGAUGAUGCGGAGUCUAUUGAUGAGCUGCUGCUGUUGAAUUCGGUUAUCAACCAAGGUCGUCAGCUAGUGCGGCUUGUGCGUGAUGAGAGCGUGGAUGGUGAGGGAGAGGUGUUGAAAGAAACUAUUGCGGAUGUCUACAGAGGUUUGGAUAACGGUAGUGGCUUUUUUUCUUUGAUCCUGAGAGAGCUUUCGAAGAUGAAACACACGGAGGUGAUUAGACUACUGGGGAUGCUUUCUUGGACUGUUCAGUUCAGAUUGUCGGAGGAGUGUCAGAGUCUUGAUUCGUGGGAGUCUCUGUUUAGAGAAAAUGGGAUUGAGUUCCGCAGGUCGAGUGAUCACUCGCUGCUAAGUGGUAACGGAUUCUCUGAAGAAAGCGAGUCUGAGUCUGAUGGUAGAAGCCGUGUUUUUAAAAAGAGGCGCAAGAAGGGGAAGAAGAAGAAAAGAGAUAAGAAAAAGAAGAGAGCUAUUGAUGAGGAGGAGGAUGAGGAUGAUGUUCUCGUUGGUGAUGAGCUUUUAGGUCUGAAUCAAAUAAGUCGAAGUUGGUUGCUAUCUACUGAUGGGUUUUCUGCAACAUGGACCAGUGUGGAUUUACCGGAACACAUAGCGAGAUACUGUUUGUCCAGAUGGAUGAAGUGGUUUCUAGCUAGACAAAAAAAGAAAUGAUUCACAACUAAGAUGACAAGAUGAUCCUACAAAUAGAUCCAAUAGGGCGACACUCUGAUAUGUUCACUAAAAAGUCGCCACUCAUCAGAGCUUGAUUUUGAAAAUGGUACGAAUGAGAAGGUAUUAAAGAGUGUGAAUGGCAAUAGCAGAUCCUCUCUUAGGUGGGUCUAAAACUAGAAAAUGUUGAAGCAAUGGAAAUAGCUCAAGAGGCAAGACUAUAAAACUGCAUCAUGAUAUCUCUCAGUUAAGACUAUUGUAACUUUUGGCUUAUUUAUUUGGUCACCAAUUCACAUGUGUUCAUCUCGUGACUUUCUUUAACGCAACGCAGUUCAUUUAAUUCUAGCUGCUGAAUUAGAUAUAACUCCAAUUAUGUGACGAAUCAUUUGCAUGACCUAAUAAAGCAAAUCAUAAUUAGUUGUUGUA